AUGGCAGAAAGUGUAGUCAACUUUCUACUCAACAACCUAGUUGCACUUUUGCGGAGCGGAGCCUUGAACCGAUUCAGCGAUGCGGGGGGAGAAGUUCGGUACAUCACGGAUGAAUUGGAUAGGAUGAGGGCUUUUCUACGGGAUGCAGAUACAGACAGAGAGAGCGAUCAAGAAAUUGAUGUAUGGGUUAAGCAAAUGCGCGAUGUUGUUUACGAUAUGGAAGACGUCCUCGACGAGUUCAAGCUUCAUCCAGUGUACCCUGACAGGGAGGGGAUCUGUGGCUUUAUCCUCAAAGCUUUUCAUUGCAUCCUGAACUUGAAGGCUAGCCACGAAAUUGAUAGAAAACUGAAAGACAUCAAAGAAAGAGUCAAAAACAUAAAGGAGCACAAGACAUACCGUCGCAGACUUACACCGGAGGCAGGCUCGACCUCAUCCACCUUUAGUUCUAACAGAAGAUCAUGGCACGGUUGCCGAGCGGAUGCUCUUCUUGUAGAGGAAGCCGGGUUAGUAGGAAUAGGCAAGCCCAAGGGGCAGCUGAAAGAGUACCUUUUGAAGGGUGAGCCUGGACUCAGGGUAAUCUCAGUGGUUGGAAUGGGGGGGAUAGGGAAAACCACCCUGGUAAGAAAGGUUUACGAUGAUGCAAUAGUGAAAAAGCAUUUUGAGAUCCAAGUUUGGAUCACAAUUACACAGUCAUUCAUGACGGAAGAGAUCCUGAAAGGCAUAAUUCAACAACUGUUCGGACAAAUCAAGCAAGGAAUCCCCCAAGAAGUUAAUAGCAUGAAAAUAGAAGGCCUGAAAAUGAAAAUCAACGAAUUCUUGAAUCAAAAGAGGUAUGUAAUUGUUUUGGAUGAUAUAUGGGAUAUAGAUGCAUGGGAAGCUCUAACAUAUGCAUUCCCUAACUCUCAAUUUGGGAGCCGAGUGAUGGUCACGACCCGACAUGCUGACAUAGCUCGUACUGCCCGGACAAGAUUUGAUGAUCAGAUAUAUAAUCUGACACCCUUGACUGAGGAUUUGUCUUGGAGAUUGUUUUGCAGAAAGGCGUUCAGAGCAGACUCUAGUCCUCCACACUUGGAGGAACUUUCUCGAGAAAUCCUAGGAAGAUGUGAAGGCUUGCCCCUUGCAAUUGUGGCAAUUGGGGGCCUUCUGGCAACUAAAGAGAAGGGUAAAAUAGAUGAAUGGGAGAAAGUUAACCGCAGCCCUGGUGCUCAUAUCGAAGGAAACAGAAAGCUCGAGAGUAUGAAGCAAAUACUGUUGCUCAGUUAUGAUCAUUUGCCAAGUUACUUGAAAGUGUGUUUCCUUUACUUGAGCAUUUUCCCUGAGAAUUGUUUCAUUAAACGUAUGAAAUUGAUCAGAUUAUGGAUGGCAGAAGGAUUUGUUGAAAGAAGAGAAGGGCAAAUGCCAGAAGAAAUAGCUGAGGAUUACCUCAAUGAGCUUGUUGAUAGAAGCCUAGUCCAAAUAGCCAAAACAACUAGAAAUGGAAGGGUUAGCGCAUGCCGAGUCCAUGACCUUCUGCGAGAAAUUGCUCUUUCAAAGUCUAGAGAACUAAAUUUUGUAGCCAUAGCCAAUAAAAACAAUGCACCAUGGCCUGAAAAACUCCGGCGUUUGUCAAUUCAUGGAACGUGUAGAGAAGUGAAAGAAAGCAGGAAGGACUCCCAACUUCGUUCUCUGUUCAUGUUCAGGGUAAGAGACCUGCCACCUAAAUCACCCAUCUCUAGAUUGCUUGCCGGCAGUCUCAGGCUGCUCAAAGUAGUAGAUUUGCAGAGUGCACACCUGCAGAUUUUUCCAGAAGAAAUCUUGAAGUUAUACCUUUUAAGAUAUAUAAGCUUGAGAGCAACAAGGGUGAAAGAAAUUCCACGCUCUAUUGGGGGGCUUCUUGACCUGGAGACAUUGGAUCUCAAGCAUGCUGAUGUGACUGAAUUGCCUGUUGAAAUCCGAAAGCUCAAAAAAUUACGCCAUCUUUUGGUGUAUCGUUACAACAAAAGAACAUCUUCACCAUUUCACUCCACUUGGGGUUUCAAGGCACCAAUGGGAAUGGGGAACCUGCCAUCUUUGCAAAAGCUCUGCUUUGUUGAAGCAGAUCAAAGUAGUGAUAUAUUGAAUGAGGUAGGAAAGUUAACCCAACUCAGAAAGUUGGGCAUUACCAAAUUGAGGAGAGAAGAUGGGGUGGCACUGUGCUCUUCCAUCGAAAACCUAAAGAACCUUCGGUCAUUAGAUUUGAGUUCAAUAGAGGAGCGUGAGAUCCUUGACCUCCAGUCCAUGUCUUCUCCUCCGCCAUACCUUCAGCGGAUAUGGCUGCAAGGAAACUUGGAGAAGCUACCGCCGUGGAUAUCUUCGAUGGAUAACCUUGUGAAACUGCGGCUGAGGUGGAGUAGGCUAAGAUUGAAUCCGCUUGAGCCUCUUCAAGCUCUACCAAAUCUAGUGGAGCUUCAACUUCGCGAGGCUUAUGAUGGUGGAGAGCUGCAUUUCACGGCUGGAGGGUUCCAAGCACUUAAGGUAUUGCAUCUCCAUGACUUGAAGCAGCUGAGGAGGGUGACAGUGGAACAGGGGGCAAUGCCACAGCUCGAAGGUCUCAAGAUUAUCCACUGUGAAUUGCUGAAGAAUGUCCCAGCAGGCAUUGAGUUCCUCAUCAAUCUGAAGUCACUUGCUUUUUCAGAAAUGCAAAAUAAACUGAUUCAGAGGCUCCUAGGCAGACAAGAUGAUGAUUACCUGAAAAUCAAGGAUAUCUCAGAAGUUGAUAUUACCUUUCGGCGUGGCGACCACUGGAACCGAAUUUUUCUGUCAGUAUAAAGUUUCAAAGUUACCCGUAUGUUGACAUUUCCAAAUCUAAUAGUGCCUCAGAUUUUUCUCCUAGGAUUUGAUACAGAAGCAUACUGGGGAGACGAGAAGUCUAUUUAAUUUUAGUUUGUUUUAUGAUGUUAGUCUUUGAAAACCUUUUGAUUUCUAUGCCUUGUGAAGGUGUGUUGUUUGUCUUGGAAAUAUGGCUUGUUUUGGAAAGUCCUAAAGCAAUAAGUGUCUAGGGAAAAUAACUAAGAGUGUCUUUUGUAAUCUCUAUAUAUAUCUUUGUGAAUGAAAAUCUAGGAAGUUUUUGGAGAAUAUAUAUGUAUACAUUGCAAGUCCUCUCCUUGCUUGAAGUGAGUGAGUCCUUCUAAAUAUCAAGCGUGUGGCUUGGUCGUGUGAGUGUCUUCCACGAUUAGUAAUGUCGAGUGAUGUCCGUUGCCUCUGGUCAAGUGAUUUAUGGAAUUAUCCUAACCUUGCAGGUUCCGGCUUGCAUCAAAUUGGUAUCAGAAGAAAAUCUAGAUUUUGGGUGAUUUUUAUUUGUUUCAGUGAUUAUGCCUCCUAGGCGACGACAAAAUGUUAAGGAUGUCACUUUACGUGACGAGGUCACUGAAUUGAGAUGGUCUAAUCAAAUGCUUCAAGAAACGAUGACUGAGAUUCUCCAAAGGAUGCAAAAUUCCCCUGCACGAAAUCAAAG